UAGUAGAUAGCCCUUUGAGUAAAGAAUCGAGGUAUGCGACAAUGAAUAACUUUGAUCUCAAACCCAUUGCAGCACUACAUUUGCAUUAUAGGCCCGAGAGUUGGAUUUUAGAUCAAGGCUUCAGUGCUGUUUGUGAGAAGGAUAAAGUGCCGGAUUAUACAGAAUAUUGUGAAGAUUUGGAAACAACAUGGGAUGAUGAAUCAAAUAAAAAGAUAGGAGACAUUGAAAUGGUAAAUGGGGAAAAUAACUCAUAUUUAACGGGUAAUUAUUCUUCCGGCAAGUCCGAUCCCUCAGGAGCUAACAUUGGAAAUCUAGAUUUGCAUAAUAAUUCGAAAGGUACAACAAAAAAAUUUCCCAAAACUUCUCUCAAACCAUCUUUUAGUGCCCCGAACCAUACUGAUUAUAGUAAUCCAAUAAACACAAAAAAAUUACCUACCUAUGUAAAAUUUACAACCAUAACGGUUACAGCUACUUCCACUACGAUUGAUCUAUCAAAUAAUAAUACUAUGGCAGAUACAAAUAUUUUUAUGGACGAAGAUAUCUUGAAUGAUUCAUUGGAUGAGACCAACCUGGCAGAUCAAUUUAAACAUAUUGUGAACAUUGGCGGCAAUAAGGGCGAUAAGGAAAAUGGGGAAAAUAGGCUUGGAUAUGAUGGCAAAAAAGUUAAUUCAAUUGAUGGGCAAAAUAGGGGUUUGGAAGAGGAUCAAUCCGAAUAUAAUGUAGUUAGAAGCAAUGUUUUGGAGAAAAGUUUUGGGAAAGACAAUAAAAGAAAGAAGAACGGGAUGAAUUGUAAUUCAUCUGGCAAAGUUUGUGACACAUUAAAUGACGAUCAUAGGAAUGCAAAAAGAAUUCGACGCUACGAAAAAAAUGAAGAAAAAAUAGAUGAAGAAAAAAUAGAUGAUUUCUUUCUUAUAAGUAAACCUUUCUAUAGGACAAAAGAGAUUAGGAAAAAUGGGGUGGCGCAAAAUAAGUCAAAUGAGAAACAACAAGAAUCGCAAAAAGAAAAGACCACUAGUGUUGGUGCCAUAUCGCAGGCUAAACAGCAGAUACUACAAAGAAAGCAAGUCUCACGAGAAACGGAAAAAACACGGAGAGAACAGCAAAUCUCACAAGAAACAGAGACAUCACAUAGAGAACAGCAAGUCUCACAAGAAAACUCGCAGAAACUUUUGAAAAAACAAUUAAAUGUUAAGAAGUCCGAUGUUGGACUUACGAAGGCAUCACCGGAUAAGCAACGAAACCCGAAAGAUCAGUCGAAGUUUUUUGCGCAAAGAAAUCUAGAGAGCGGCACUUCUGGAAUUGGUAACAUAAACAUAUCACAGGAAUGUCCAAUGAAUAUUUGUACACAGAUGGCAGUAGAAAGCUCAGGUUUUGACAAUAAUAACAUUGAAUAUAUUCAGGAUAAACAACGUACCAUGAAAGAUAUACGGAAAUUUCAAGAUAAUGAAAUUUUGUAUGAUUAUCCAACAAUCAAUCAAAGUGUGAAUCCAAGUGACAAUAUAGAUGAUAGGAUCGAUAGUUGGCGUAAUAAGAAAAGAAAGCACGUGGAGGAUAUAACAGAUAUUAGUGAAGGAAGGUAUAUAAAAAAAGAAUUCAAGGAAGUAAGUGUGAAGAAAGAAGUUGAUUUCGAAGAGGAAAUGGGUAAUAAUAUGAAAACGAAUGAAAAAUCCGGGAACGGAGAUAACUCAAAACGCCAAAUAUUUCGUGCAAUAUUUCAUUGA